UAUCAUUUUUCGCAAAAAGGAGAGCCCCAAUACAACGAGCGGAUACGAAAAGCAUAUCUUAUGUGUGCACUUGUGCUAUUUGCGUUCGCAUCUUUUUGCACUAGGGAAUAUCUAGUUCUUUCUCCUCUGUUCUCAAUUGAGGGUGAACAGUCUCAACUUCAUGAAGAAGGGGUGCACUGCGUUCACACAUUUGUGUGUUUGCUGCUUGCGCGACGAAUUUCCAAUGCCACAUACCGUAUACUAUAAAACUGGUUUGCAGUCCCACGUACCUGCACCUCCAUAUGCAGCACUGUGAUGGAUUAUAUACCACGAUUGCUAAUACUGAUAAAGACGCGACUAGCUGCAAUAGGUUCUCAGCUGUGAGUCUUGUAUACAAUAUGAUAGCGGACCCUGAGCAGUAAUUCUUAUGUUUUAUUCUGUAUGUAGAAAUCGAUCUACCAAUUUGCACCAGUCGUGGCAAAGAAAACCGAUCAUCUUCGCUAGAUUGAGUAACUCGCGGGGGCGCGCAACCUAUAGGCGAGAUCCAGUAAUUGCCGUAUCAUGCACGAUGAUCACAGCGCACAUAUUGGGCUGUCCAGUCGAAUGUUGACAGCGCAUAGACGAAGCUUCGAGUUCAUUAUGCACAAGCGGCUUGCCCAAAGUAAACGUCUGAGUGGAAUGAGUGGAAUGAAGCAAUGACGACAGUGCUUUGCAAAAUGAGGGGAGAAAUUAAGCUGACAUCUCGGUCCCACAACCGAAAAGCAAGCCGACCACGUAGUACGUACGGUGCAGCCAGUACAUAAAGAGCGUUAUUCGUUUGGAAACAACACAGCCGACAUCAUCACAUCCACACUUUUUGCUGCGCAUACAAAAUGUCUCCUCACACUGGAGAGCCUCUUCGAGAACCAAUCUAUAUGGAUGAGUUUGGAGGUCGACAUCAUCCCCCUCCUGAACCAACAUACCAAAAAGUGCCUCACCCACGCUAUGAUUAUGGUCCGGAAAGACGCCCAAGACGGGCGCAGACAUAUCGUGCUCCCCCACCCCCUUCUCCACCUUCUUCCUCCUCGUCAUAUAGUCCGCCACCGCGUCAUCAUCGGAGCCGCCGCUCACCCCGUUAUGCCCAUAAAGCCACAUCUCCGGAGCCUGUAGAUCGCUAUCAAGACCAUCAUGCUGCUCGGCGGCGACACACCCGCGAGGAUGAUUACUACUCCGAUAAUCGCUACAACCGCCCUCGGCGGAGCUCACAUAGUGAUUCUCGCAAGCCUUAUACACCAGAAGACAGACAUCGCAGGGAUCGCAGAGAAAGACCACCUCAACCAAAAGCUGGUACACGACCCACGCAGGAGAGGAAGGAAAGUGUCUGGCAGAAAGAAGCAAAAGACAUGUUCAAAGAAUAUGCUGUUCCUGUAAUCAAGGCCGAAGGUGGUAAGUAUAUCAGUAAACAAAUUGGAAACUUCAUCGCGAAGAAAGCUUAG